CGCGGCUGCGGCCUUGGGGACUGUUGUGCGGGUGCCUCGGCGACUCGAGAAGUUUCCCGGGGGCGGCGGGCGGCAUGGCGGCGGCGGGAGCGGCUGCCCCGCGGUUCUCGGACGCGGACAUCGAUCGGGACCCGGGGGCAGCGGCGCAGGAACUGACAACAGCCUUGGAAAAGAGUCCAGAUGAUGCUGAUUAUUAUUGUCAACGAGCUUAUGCUUAUAUUCUUCUACAGAAUUAUGCUGAUGCUGUUGCAGAUGCAAAGAAGUCUUUAGAACUCAACCCCAAUAAUGCUAUAGCUUUUCUCAGGAAAGGGUUAGGUGAAUAUCAUAUGAAGAACUACACGUCUGCUUUAGAGUCUUUCAGAGAGGGGCAGAAGUUGGACAAUGUAGAUCAUACCUUUACUGUUUGGAUUAAAAGAUGUGAGGAAACACUAAAUGCAGUAUCGCAGACUGAAAUGAAUAUACAACAGCAACCUUUGCCAUCAAAGAUCAAGUAUGACUGGUACCAAACAGAAUCUCAAGUAAUUGUGACUAUCAUGAUCAAGAAUGCACAGAAGGAUGCUGUCAGUGUACAGUUCUCGGAGAAAGAGAUGAAUGCAUCAGUGAGACUUCCAUCAGGUGAAGACUACAACUUAAAGCUUGUUCUUCUUCACUCUAUAGUGCCAGAGCAAAGUACAUUUAAAGUGCUUUCAACAAAGGUUGAGAUAAAAAUGAAGAAGCCAGAAGCUGUAAGAUGGGAGAAGCUAGAGGGACAGGGAGAUUCUCCUAAGUUAAAGCAAUUUACCUCAGAUACCCAGCACUUAUAUCCAUCGUCCUCUCACUAUACAAGGAACUGGGACAAACUGGUGGUUGAGAUCAAGGAAGAAGAGAAGAAUGAAAAGUUAGAAGGAGAUGCUGCUUUAAAUAAACUCUUUCAGCAAAUCUAUUCAGAUGGCACAGAUGAAGUGAAACGUGCUAUGAACAAAUCAUUUAUGGAAUCUGGAGGCACGGUUCUGAGCACUAACUGGUCUGAUGUUGGUAAAAGGAAGGUAGAAGUAAACCCUCCUGAUGACAUGGAAUGGAAAAAAUUCUAAUCUUCAAUUUUUGUCUUUUACCAUCUGUGUAUUGACAUAGUCAUGUACUGACCACUGUGUAUGGACAUAGCAUUCUUGGAUUCAAAGCACUGAAUGUUCCCUUGGAAACGGGAAUUAUCAUCUUUACAUUGUGUGCUUUAUAAAUUCCUUCAUCUGCAGAUAUUAAAGAUUUAAUCAACGAUGGAAGUCUGUUUUCAUCACUUCCGUCUAAGGGUUUUUGAAAAUUGACUCAGUCACAUUAUAAUUUUCUACCAGCUUUAUCAGGUCUAUUCUUUGGGGAUGUAGUGAUCCUUAAUGGGCUGUUCAGGAUUAUUGCCUUAUGCCUGAUAUUUCUGUUCAAUAACUUAUUGGAACUUGACAACUUUGGAUAAAAACAGUUUUCAAUAACAGUGUUAAAAUUGUUCUAUCUUUAACUCUGCUAAAUAAAACUGUAAUUAUAAUUUUUUCUAUAUAGGAGCUGCUUCAUUUCGUUUUAGCAAUAAAGUUUUGGUUUUUGAUUGAGGGGGAGUCAUUUAAGAAUAUUUCCCUAAGGAAGUGAGUAUACUGUCUUUAAAAGGCAUGCAUAGGUGCAAAACUGCCAUUUUGCAAAGGAUGAAAUUACUGUUCUUGAUACAGAUGCAGAAUUUCCAGUUGUGAAUUCUUUCACCUUGGUGAUGGGUGGAUCUCUAUAGUCAUAUGUGAUGGAGGGAGAAAGUCUAUCAUGACUGGAAAUUUCUACAGAAAAGUGAGUCCACCUUUGAUCUUCAAAAAGAAGGAUGUGUUAUAAAUUGUCUGAAAUCAAAGAUGAGAAGCAAUCAUGAUAAAUUCUGAUAUUUAAAAAUACUGGAAACUGUAUUUGUAUCUGAGAACAGCCCAUGUAUCCUUCUCUGUUUUCAUCAGUUCAUCUUGAUAAAAUUUUAAAUAAGAGUAUUUACAGAGAAAGAACUGGAAAGUUUAAGUAGUACUGUCCAUGCCUGUACUUUGUGGUCUGUUGUAUCCCCCUGCCUGUGCCUGCAGGGGGAUGUGAACUUAAGAAGCUGACACAAUCAUGGUUAGUAGCUGCCACUGUCUGUCAGGAAUUCAGGAGAAAAAAAAGAAAAGAAAAUCCAUAACACUUCAUGAAUUGAAUAAAGAAAAUCAGAACACUCCAUGAAUUGAAUAUGUUGUCAACCAGCUGCAGAUCACUUCCUUGUUAGCCAUUGGACGCUACUAUAGAUUUGCUGCUACUUUUCCUUGCUUUCUUAAUUUGACUAAAUUGUUUGCUGUUUUUGCCUGUUCUGUGUGUAUUUGAUAUAUUAUUUUAGUACAGUAAAUAACUGUGACAAAAUUCAUGACAAUAACUACAGUGAGAAUGAAAGUAGGAAAGCUAUUAAAGUAAUUCUUCUUGUAGGAAGAGAGUUGCAAGCCUGCAGCUGAUAAAGCAAUACAUGUGUGCAAAUGAUCAUCUGAAACUAAUUUUGGUAGGAGGAAGAAAAGAUAUAUUUUUCUCCUGCGGAGGAUGAGAGCGAGAAAUUUAGGUUUUGCUGUGAUGCUGCAAAAGAACAGUAGUUUUUUUUUUUAUUAUUUUUUUUUAUUUUUAUGGUACUUUUACUAUGUGUAUGUGGUAGUACUGAGAUCUGAAAAUCACUCAAAACCGAAGAGAGCUUGUGUUAGGAUGUUUACUAUAGCAAUGGUUUGAGAUUGUCUUACUUGCCAGCUGUAGACUGUAACUGCAGUCUUGACAAAACUGCAGUUUCUUGAUGCACUCACAUCGUGAUUAUCUGUACAGUGGAAGCUUGACAGUGAUUUCUUUUUAAAUCACUUCUAGCUACAGGAUUGAGUCAUGUUUUCUGAAGUUUGAAUUUGACCUUCAGAACUGAGUGUUAUCCUGGUCUUUGAACAAGAUGAAGGGAGAUGAAUUGAAUUUGGGAAGUGUGUGUGUGUAAGGCCUUAUCUUUGACUCUUAACUGAGAAAUGCCUCCUGCUUGGAAGAGUUUCUCAAGGGUAUAUUUGUUGCCAUAUCUGAGUGAAGAUUUCCUAGCCUUAGUAGGGAAUUUCUUACCUUUUAGGAAGUCCUGAGUAGCUAGUAGCUCGACAUCUAGGGCAUUUCCCAUCUUUAUGGGAUGCUAACAUCUGAGGGGACUUGAUUUGGAACAGGGACUUCCAUUCUGAUGCAGAAUGAAAACAAAUGCCUGAGCUUAACUUUUUCAUGAAAAAUUCGGUUCUUGUCUCCUGGCCAGCCCUGCUUUGUAAAUGUCAUUCAGAACACUUAUUGGUGCUUAGAAAGACUUGCUAUGUGAAAAGCCUAGAGAAGUCUCUUAAAUAGAAAUGGAAAAGUAAUUUGGAGAUGUUUUCUGCCAAUCAAAUUCUUUUUGCUUAAUGUAAAGAAUGUAGUAGGUGUUCUUCCAUCUACUUUCACUUCCAGAAAGUCCAUGGGAAUAUUUUUGUCAGAUAAGCACAAUAUAUUUUUGUUUUAAGUGGCUACUGUUUCACUGCUUUGGGAUUCAAUUCACUUAGCUUAAGGCAAAAAGCAAAAUAAAAUGCAUUGGUACUUAUGUACUCUUGAGGCAUAUGUAAUGCAAAUGUAAUGCUUUAGCUUCAGGCUAAAACUUGUAGUGAUCAAGUGGUAGACCUCCUUGUCCAUCUCAAUCCUGUGAGCUAAGUAUGCAGAUCUAAAUGCAAUACCAGCACCUUAAAAACUGAACCAGUAAUGGCAGCUCUUGUAUUAUGGUAGUAGACACAACUUUUUUUUUUAUGAAACGAACAGGUAAGUCUUUCCUGUAAAUUUGGGAGAAGUUGCUUCAUGAACAGUAUCUCUAGUCUUUGACAAAAUUCAUAACACACAAUAUUUCCAGAACGGUGGAUUAUGAAGGUCAAGAGAAAGAUAGCAGGGAGCUCAGAGGUUGAAUAGAGAGAGACUGGGCUAGGUACAAAGGGAGCUUCUGCAGCAACAGAGAGGAGAGAGGAAUUUGUUCCAACACAGUCCCUGCAUUGGCUGGAAGUGGAGAAGGACCUGUAAGGGCUAAGUGGACAGAGAGAAAGCUGGUAUACUUUACUGUCCUGUCUUUGUUUUCUUUUGAACAAAGAAAACCAUAUUUUACUUGUAUUUAAAAUCUUUUCAAUUUUACAAAUGUCUUUUAGUCAUCUGUGGGUGGCAUUUACUAGAAGACCUGUGGAUUUUCACCUCAAAGCUUUAAUUUGAGGUCCUGUUGCAAAUACAGGAACAGAAAGGCAGAUCUGUAAUCUAAUAGGUUAUGUUAUACCAGCAACAGGUUUAUUCUCUCUUGCUGUUUUGGUCAUCAUAGAAAAUGUCUGACAGUUGUAGUGUAAGAUUGCCUCCCAUCUUUGGUAUAUGUACAGUGCUUUUGAAAGAUCAGUUGAACCUCUCAAAACUAAAAAAUGGUGAUACAAUUGGUUCAGUCUAACUGAGCAGUGUUUGCCCCUGAUGUGCAAGUCUGGAGUGUCUAUUCCCUCAACAAUCCACUGCUUGUCAACUACAGUUAUUUUAUGCUUCUUUACAUCUUUGAAGUGCGUGGAACAAGUGAUCAGUUUGUUCUCCAUUGCAACCCAGAUUUCCUUUGAAUUUAUGCAUGUUCUAGCAGGGCUGAAGUAUUAUAUGGAGAACAGAGAAAACAGACCUCGCCUCUGUCUGAGCAUCUUUUUUUUUACUUCCUUAAUGCAGAUAUAGUUGGAGAGUGAUUCUCAUAUUAAAAAGGAGAAAGGGAAAGACUCGUAUUCCUUCUGAUGAGUGCAAAGAGUACGUUAUAGAUGUGGAAAAACAGGCUCCAUCUGCCUUUCAGUCACUUGCUUUGUGGCUUCUCCCACCCCACUCCCCCAGCUUUGUGGCUUUGCUGCUUGUUUUCCUUCUCUUUCCAUCAGCCUGAAUUUACUCAGUCUUUUUCUUCUGAUCUGCUCUGCCAUCCUAAUCCUCUUAGUACCCAUUCAAAUGGGUAAUUUAGCUUUAAGGGUAGCUGAAUUAUAGUGCUCUAACACCCACCCACCUUUGGUAAAGAAACACUUCUGUUUAAAACCAUGUUCCUUUUUCCUUCCUUCUCCCCUAAACUAUGGCCAAAGAAAGGAUUUGAAUUUGUGUCCGCUAGUGUAGGUCAGAGCUUCCCCCAAUCCUGGUUGUUCCACAUGUGCAUGUUCCACAUGUGCAUGUUGUAAACUGUUUAGUACGCAAGAUUUAUUUUUGUGGUGUAUGGAGGGGGGGUGGGGAGAGGGAACUUACCUUUAACAUUGGUUUUCUAAAGGAAGUAAAUGCUAUGCAAUAAUGAAUAGGAUUGAUGUGGAUACUUUGCUGAACUGUAGUCUGAGCUUCCGCUGUGGUGAAAAUUGCUAUAUCUUUCAUCCUUAUGAAAUAAAUAAUGAAGUCUUUUGCCCAUCUACCAAUCUG